AUGCUUAGCGUCAAGCCGUAUACCAAGACGUGGAAAGAGCCGGGCAACUACAACAGCUGCUUGUCUGGCGUGAUCUGGGUUGUACAGCUGAUCAUCUUCUACGCUAGUGCCUAUCUGGAGAAGGCAGAGCAAGGAGACACGCUCGAGCGUAUUGAGCAGUACUGCGGGCAGUUCUUAAAGCAAGACACCGAGACCCCUAUGGGCGAGAUCCUCGGCUGGCGCUUGCUGCUGUUUACCGUCUCGAAGGAGGUCGUUGGGCCGCACCAGGCCCAGUGGGACGUGGACGAGAAGGUCCUGACUUAUCGAGACGUUGAUUUACACAUAGAUCACGUGCCGCGGCUCUUACUCUCCGACUUCCAGCAGGCCCAGUACCUGCUCCUCCCGCGGAUGCACUCGAAGCCGCUGCGGGACUCUUUCCUCGAGAUUACUGCUGAUGACGCUAGGGCCUGGCGGGGGAAGGCGAUUGAACGGUAUGAGGCUGUGGCUGACGAGUUCCUGAAAAGGCUCUUAGUCUUGAUUCACAUGAGCUCUAGCCAGCCGCUGCGCGAGAGUGAGCUCUUUUCCGUCACCUGGCGUAAUACCUAG